AUGUUGAGACCGCUUUCUUGGCUUAACACAAUGCAGUUACCCCUUAAAAACGUCUACACGAGAUUGAAAAUAGUUUCGAGAAGAAAAGCAGACUUCCAGGAAGAAGGUGACGCGAAGGACAUGUACGACCUCUUCACGGCUUUUAACAAAGGUAAUGACGUUAUGACGCUUGUGGAGGGAAGUCCAGGAAUCGGUAAAACCACGUUUUGUCUUAAACUUGCCUUUGACUGGGCUCUUGAAAGGGUACCAGCCAACUCUUCCUUUCAUAAUUUGGAAUUUGUACUGCUCCUUAAAUGUCGAAAAAUAGAUAAAGAUAUAAUGGAAACUAUCAAAGAACAGCUUUUGCCAGAAGAUAUGGAAGAAGAGACCCGGACGAAGUUUUCAGCAUUCAUUAAGGAUACUCAUAACCAAGAGAAAAUCUUGAUCAUUCUGGAUGGUUUGGAUGAACUUCCCGAGAAAUCGAAACAUUUCGUCGAUAAACUACUUCGUAGAAGAAUUUUGCCAUUUUGUUAUGUCUUGGUUACAUCCCAACAGGAAAAAGGAAUUGAUGUGCGAAAGAACUUUGAAUUUGAUCUUCUUUUGGAGAUCAAAGGAUUUACAGACGAUGAUGCGUAUUGUUAUAUCAAAAGGCAUUUUCAAAAUGUCGGUCCAAAGCAUAGUUCAAAAGGACAGAGGCUCGCGAAGGAAAUGAAAGAAAACACCUUAUUGAACGCACUCCGAAAUAAUCCGCUUAAUUUACUUCUACUUUGUGUUAUUUACGAGGACUAUGACGGAAAAUUGCCAACUUCGCGGACUGAACUUUACCAAGUCAUUGUACAAUGUCUUUUGAGACGAUAUUGUGCAAAACACAGCUUGGUAGUUCCAGAAGAUAACACUGUAGAGACACGUUUUGACGAAGAUAUUCUUGCCCUCGGAGAGUUGGCUUGGACGUGCCUGCUGAACGAUCGUCAAUCUUUUUACGAAGAAGAACUGGCAGAGCGUGAGGUCAGAAAUAAAAACUUGGUAGCUCGCAAAAUAGGCCUUCUUUACAAGGAAGAAAGACUGAAGAGGAUCCUGAAGUCACAAUACGAGUACUGGUUUCUUCACAAGACAUUCCAAGAAUAUUUGGCUGCCGCUUUUAUAACGCACAAGCUGAAGAAAGGAGAGCUAAAUGUGUUUCAGUACACAACGUUUGAUGAUUUGGUCCAAAAGUAUCCACAAGUUUUUCUUUUUGUUUCUGGUAUGCUUGGCGAGAAAGCAACCGUUUUGUUCACUCAAAUUGGGGAGCAGUUGAAGGUGAAGAACGGCUGGUACUGGAAGAGGUGCAGCAAGCAGGUCUCAACGUUCUUUGUGGAAGGCUUUAAUGAAAGUGGACACGCUGAGCAAAUGGCGCUUACUCUUUGUUCCUAUAUACCCUUCCCACAGCAAGUUGAAAUUAACGUAUUGAGUAAUAUAUUUUCUGAUACCGAGUACAAUAUAUUUCAAGUUUUAGAGGCAUGCGAAAGCUUCUGUAAUUUACAACAGCCAGUUAUACUUACCGUUCACGAAAAAAGAGUUCCCCAGAGAUUUCAUGUUAUGUACCUCGAUGUUAUUGCAAAGUACAUACAAUCCUGCUCGCAGACACAGACAUUAAACAUUUUUACACCUGCAGUGACAUCGGAACUAGCCAACGCCCUACAUAACGGCUUAUCUGGAAACACGACUUUAUCAGAAUUUACUCUACAAAUCUGCGGUAGUUUCCCUUGUGACGCAGCAGUUGUCCUUGGUGAAUCGUUAGCUGCACGCAAAGCUUUGAGGAAAGUAACGUUUCAACUUGACAGCGUUUGGGGGGAGACUAUUGCCAGUGCUAUUGAACCUGCUUUGUCUGCGGACACUGUUUUGAAGUCUGUUGACCUCAACGUUCAUGGGUCAUUGUGUGAUACUGCGGUCCAUAGUUUAGGAAAGCUUCUAUCAAAUAAAGCUUUGGCUUCAUUUUCCCUUAAUAUCUCUGGAGAUGUGCAAGAAUUUGUAACUGCUAUUAUUAGCAGAGGAAUUGUGCAACAAACCGCCCUAAAGUCAUUGGCUUUGGCGUUGACGGCAACCUUAGUCUCUCUGGUGUGA